AUACUAGGGUUUCAUUUUUGUGUCUGAAAAAUUAGGGUUCUGAUUAAUGAAAGAUGCCUAAGAACAAAGGAAAAGGAGGUAAGAACAGGAAGAGAGGUAAAAACGAAGCAGAUGAUGAGAAAAGAGAGUUAAUAUUCAAAGAAGAUGGACAAGAAUACGCACAAGUACAACGUAUGUUAGGUAAUGGAAGAUGUGAAGCAACGUGUAUUGAUGGAACAAAACGUUUGUGUCAUAUACGUGGUAAGAUGCAUAAAAAAGUAUGGAUUGCUGCUGGUGAUAUUGUUCUUGUUGGUCUUCGUGAUUAUCAGGAUGAUAAAGCUGAUGUCAUUCUGAAGUACAUGCCAGAUGAGGCAAGGCUGUUGAAGGCAUAUGGAGAGUUGCCAGAGAACACUAGGCUCAAUGAGGGUGUUGCUAAUUUGGAUGAAGAGGACGAGAACACUGUUGAUAAUUAUAUCGAGUUUGAGGAUGAGGACAUUGACAGAAUCUAAAGUUUUCGUUACUUAAAAUGCUUUUUUGCCUUGCUAUUUCCUUUUUGGUGUUUAAUUUCAAUAUAGAUUGAGAGCUUAUAUGCUGUAUCGUUUGGAGUAAUAUAUGAUUCAGAGCUUUAUGCAUUUAGGUUUCUGUAUGGAAUAUUUAUGCUUCGAUGAAACGGAUGCAAUAAUAAUGAGCUUACUGUUUUUCGGA